AGGACGUUUCUUUUUUUGCUGAGUAUAUUAAACAGUUGACUCAAAUGAUAGAAACAGACUGAAGGUGUGAGAACACAAGGAAGCAUAAUUAGCUAAUUGGAAAGACACUCUCUUCAGAUGACGUCAGUGGAGAGAGUGGUGGAGUACACUGAACUGGAGAGCAAGGCACCCUGGACCACCCAACAACGCCCUCUUCCCGAAUGGCCCAACAAAGGCCUUGUGAUCUUUAACCGGUUGAACUUCUCCUACAGCAGCAAUGGACUACCAGUCCUAAAAGACAUCAGCGCCACCUUCCAACCCAAUGAGAAGGUUGGUAUUGUGGGUAGAACAGGUGCUGGGAAAAGCUCUCUGGUCUCAGCUCUCUUCCGCCUGGCCGAGCCUCAGGGGAUGAUCUACAUCGAUGGUGUUCUGACCUCUGACAUUGGCCUCCACGAUCUGCGCCAGAAGAGCUCCAUCAUUCCUCAGGACCCAAUGCUGUUUACUGACACAGUUAGGAAGAACUUGGACCCUUUCAACCAGCACACUGAUGAAGACCUGUGGAAGUCUCUGGAGGAGGUGCAGCUGAAGUCUGUGGUGGAGGAGCUGCCGGGGAAGUUGGAGACGGUUCUGGCCGAGUCGGGCUCCAACUUCAGCGUUGGCCAGAGGCAGCUGGUGUGUCUGGCCAGAGCCAUCCUCAGGAAGAACCGCAUCCUCGUCAUCGACAAGGCCACAGCCAACGUGGACCCCAGGACAGAUGGACUGAUCCAGAAAACUGUACGUGACAAGUUCAGAGAAUGCACAGUGCUUACUAUCGCUCAUCGCCUCAACACCAUCAUAGACAGCGACCGAAUACUGGUUCUGGACAAUGGUACCAUCCAGGAGUUAGACCGUCCCUUCACUCUGCUGCAAAACAAAGAGAGUGCUCUCUACAAGAUGGUGCAACAGACGGGUCAGGUCGAGGCAGCAGCCCUGCUGGAGUCAGCCAGACGGGGCAACAAAGAAGUCUUGACAGCCUGAGGCCAGCGGUACCUGCUGUAUAAGAGACUCCAGAUGUAAGUAGUCUCUGAGCACUGGAGGCCUUCCAUCACACUCACACAAGAAGACUGCAUAUUAUUAAAUUAAAACCAAUUUAUUUAACCCAAAUUAAAUAUAACUAUAAAAUAGGAUGAAACACGUAUUUCAGUAGUAUCAGUAGUGUAGUGAGUGCAUGCAUAAAGGUGAGUGUAUGGAAAACAGAAC